GAGGCAGUGUGAGUCAGGGUCACACGGAAGUGUUGUGCUUGAUUCUAACGAUUCGAGCACACAAGGUUGUCUUUAAUCUGUUGCCGUCUCGAUGAAUGACGAUACAGGAAAACCUAUGUCGGACGGAGCCCCACCUGUUGUUGACGAGUCAUCAUCAUCUGUGUCUCGCUCGAAACCCCACGAAUGUACAUUUCAAGGCUGUAAUCGGAGCUACACUACAACAAGCAAUCUAAGAAACCACAUGAAGAAACACACCGGACAACUAAAAUUUCACUGCACGCACGAGGGAUGCGGCAAGUCUUUCCUCACUUCCUACGGCUACAAGACACAUCUGAGAGUACACACUGGAGAGAGACCGUUCUCGUGUGAUUACAACUCUUGUAGUAGGACUUUCAGUACUCUGUAUCGACUGAAAGCUCAUAAACGACUUCAUUCCGGAGAGACUUUUAAUUGUAAAUUUGAUGAUUGUGACAAAGUAUACACGACCAUGAGUGAUCUCAAGAGACACGAGAGGAAGCACUUGGACGAUCGACCGUAUCGAUGUGAAGAAGGAGGAUGCGACGAAAAGUUCAAGACCGACUAUCAGUUGCGAGAUCACCUACAGAAGUUGCAUAAUUCCAUUAAUGCUGCAGGCAAUGACAAGCCUUAUGUGUGUGUAAUAGUAGGGUGCAACGAGGUGUUUGCGACUAAUUACAGCCUUCGAGCUCAUGUUAAAGGGCAUGAACAUGUUCCCGAUCUGAAUGCACUAUUGCAUCACGAGUGUAGAGAGUCACACGGCAACGAUCACGGCAAAAAGAAUAGUCGUCUUGUUGAUGCUGCCGUUCAGACAGAUAUUUCUGGACUAACGAGCUCGUUUACUGUCAGUGUCAACUGCUUGUGUCCGAGCAGCUCUAAUAAUUCAUUGCUCCAGUCGUCUGAGAGUCAAGUUGUUAUGGAUCUAAAUGAUGGAUUGUCGUUACAGUCGAUGCUGGCCGAUCUCGGACAAGCAGCUGCAUCUUCUCUGUUUAGUCCAUUUGGUACUGAUAGAGUAGCAGAUAUAGUGAGUCCCACUACACCGAAAAUGAAUCUAAAUUUUACUGAUCCAAUCGCUGGACCUUUAGUUGGUGACUCUGUUAUUGGCGAUAUGUUUCUUGACUCACUUGGAAAUGGUAGCUUAUGACCAUAUGGGUUGUCGAUUUCCAGUAGUAUAAUUUAAUAUUGUAUGGGGACAAUGGGCCACAGAUAGUUAGUGUGGCUUUCUUGAUAAUUUUUUACUUAUUUUUGUGAAUAUGACACA